AUGACAACCAUCUCAAACAUCUCCCGCCGUCUCCCGGCCCUCUGCACCGCCCGUGGUUCCUUUGCCUACACAGCAGCCACCAGACUCUCAGUAUCAUCCCAACAGCAAGCGAGGUACUCAUCUUAUUCCUCCAGUCACGAAAACGAUCCGGAGAAGUUGGAUGAUUACAAACGCAAUUCCUUGAAGGAGCAGAAGGAGGGGAAGGGACAAUGGCAUGAGGAGUUGGCUAGUGAUGCUGAGGCUUUCAUCAAAGCAGAACGACAAGAAAUCAAAGCCACAGGCGAGGAAAUCGAGAAGUUACAACGGGAGACGACUAAAUUGCUAAAGAAGACAGGUUUGAAGGGAUAA